GGGGGUUUCACGGCUUCUGCACGCGAUGACAUCUUAGAAUAAAAGGCUGGAGUGACGUGUAAUCAGACACCAUGGCUGCACAGGAGCCCUCCCCUCCUUCAUCCAUAGAGAGCAAUAAACCCGGCUUUCCCAAGAAGAUCCUGGGCAACAAGCUGGAGGACAAACACCUGUGCAACAGCUGCCACAACAUCCUCCGACGGCCUUUCCAAGCCCAGUGUGGACAUCGCUUUUGUUCUUACUGCCUCAACAGGACUGUGAGCAAUGGACCCCAGAAAUGCAACACUUGCAUCAAAGAAGAUAUUUUUGAGGAGUCUACAUCUAUUUUGAAACAAGGAUGUGCAUUCCCGGAUAAUGCUGUUCGAAGGGAAGUUGAAAGUCUGUCUGCUGUUUGUAUUAACGAAAGUUGUACUUGGAAAGGCACCGUCAAAGAGUAUGAGCUGAAUCAUGAGGGGAAGUGCGAAUUCAUGAUCAUCCCCUGCCCUUCCUGCAAAGAACGAAUCCGCUUCAGUGAACAGGAGCGCCAUAAUGAGCGGGAGUGCCCAGAGAGGACGCUCAACUGCAAGUACUGCAAGGAGCCAUUUCACUUCAAAAAUAUAAAGGCACAUGAUGAAAUCUGCCCUAAGUAUCCAAUGAUCUGUGAAGGCUGUGCCAAAAAGAAAAUACCCAGAGAGAAGUAUGUGGACCAUAUUAAAUUCUGCAGCAAAUUCAGAACUCCAUGUCGAUUUCAUGUUGUUGGAUGUGACAUGUCCGUAGAGAAGGAGAAGAUUCAUGAUCAUGAACGUGCCUUCGCCUACGAGCACCUUAACCUACUCCUGCACUAUAUUAUGGGCAUGAAAGUAAGCAUGGAGGGUCUGCAGCCCCAAGGACUGGAAGUAGCCGGACACAAACUGAUAGAACUCCAACAAUCCCUCAGGGAACUCGAGGCUAGAGUCUCCCAGCUCAGCAUCACCUCAUCUGGGCCUCCCGUGCAGGGAGCUGCCGCCACUUCCUCCUCCUUGUCGUCGUCCUCCAGCUCUGGUCCACCUGUUCCAUCCGCUUCAGCUCCUCUCCCUCCACCUCCCACUCUUCCUCCCACUCUAUCUGUGUCUACGUCUUUCACACCCCUGCCUAGCUCUGUGGGCGCAGCGCUGGAGCUCCAGCUCCACAGUGAAAAAACUAAGGUGGCUGAAUUGGGCCGAAGGUGCACAGAACUUGAGGUCAAAUCUGGGACGUUUGAAAACGUGGUUUGUGUUCUUAACAGAGAGGUAGAGAGGUUUGCCACAACUAUGGAGGCCAGCAACCGGCAGCAUAAACUGGACCAAGAUAAGAUCGAGGCUCUGAGCAAUAAGGUGCGACAGUUGGAGAGAACAGUGGGGCUGAAGGACCUGACAGUGGUUGAGAUGGAGGGCCGACUGAGAGAAAUGUCUGCCACCACCUUUGACGGUGUCUUUGUCUGGAGGAUCUCAGAUUUUGCUAAAAAGCGACAGGAUGCUAUUGCAGGUCGAGCCCCUGCCAUGUUCUCACCAGCCUUUUACACCAGUAAGUAUGGCUAUAAGAUGUGCCUGCGGAUCUAUCUGAAUGGAGAUGGGACGGGGCGUGGCAGCCACCUGUCCCUGUUCUUUGUAGUGAUGAGAGGACUGAGUGAUGCUCUACUCAAAUGGCCUUUUAACCAGAAGGUGACUCUGAUGCUGCUGGAUCAGAGCAACAGGGAACACAUCAUUGAUGCCUUUCGACCUGAUGUCACUUCCUCCUCCUUCCAGAGACCUGUAAGUGAGAUGAACAUCGCCAGCGGCUGUCCACUCUUCUGCCCACUCUCCAAACUUGAUGGCAAGAACUCUUACAUUCGAGAUGACACCAUCUUCAUCAAAGCUAUUGUGGACCUCACUGGCCUCUAGAAGUCUUCACCGGGUGUUCAGUUUGGCAACCUGGUAGCUCUCUGACCAUUAAAGCUUUGUAUUUAGCUCAACCAUGGUCUCAUUAGGGCUCGGUU